AUGAAAGAGAUAGGUGGUCAGAUGGAACAGGAGGGUGUCACGGUGAAGGGCAGCCCCCACUUCAACCCAGACCCGGAUGCGGAGAUCCUCUACAAAGCCAUGAAGGGAAUUGGGACCAACGAGCAGGCCAUCAUCGAUGUGCUCACCAAGAGAAGCAAUGCCCAGCGGCAGCAGAUCUCCAAGUCCUUCAAGGCUCAGUUUGGCAAGGAUCUCACUGAAACCUUGAAGUCAGAACUGAGUGGCAAGUUUGAGAGACUCAUCGUGGCCCUCAUGUAUCCACCGUACAGAUACGAGGCCAAGGAGCUGCAUGAUGCCAUGCAGGGCUUGGGGACCAAAGAGGGAGUCAUCAUUGAGAUCCUGGCCUCUCGGACCAAACACCAGCUGCAGGAGAUAAUGAAAGCAUAUGAGGAGGACUAUGGAUCCAGUCUAGAGGCAGACAUUCAAGGAGACACGAGCGGCUACCUGGAACGGAUCCUGGUGUGCCUCCUGCAGGGGAGCAGGGAUGAUGUGAGUGGCUUUGUGGACCCAGGACUGGCACUUCAAGAUGCACAGGAUCUGUAUGAAGCAGGAGAGAAGAUUCAUGGGACUGAUGAGAUGAAAUUCAUCACCAUCUUGUGCACACGCAGUGCCACUCACCUGAUGAGAGUUUUUGAAGAGUAUGAGAAAAUUGCCAACAAGAGCAUUGAGGACAGCAUCAAGAGCGAGACCCAUGGCUCAUUGGAGGAGGCCAUGCUCACUGUGGUGAAAUGCACCCGAAACCUGCACAGCUACUUUGCAGAGAGACUCCACUAUGCCAUGAAGGGAGCAGGGACACUCGAUGGGACCCUGAUAAGGAACAUUGUUUCCAGGAGUGAAAUUGAUUUAAAUCUUAUCAAGAGUCAAUUCAAGAAAAUGUAUGGCAAGACCCUCAGCAGCAUGAUCAUGGAUGACACCAGCGGUGACUACAAGAAUGCCCUGCUGAGUCUGGUGGGCAGCGAUCCCGAUCCCUGAAGACACUGAAGAAUGAGA